AUGAAGGAGAUGUUACCGAGUGACAAUGUCAUGACGGACAACUUUUACUCAACAAAGAGACUAGUCCAAGGAUUGGGGCUUCCUGUACAAAAGAUACACUGUUGUAUUAAUGGUUGUAUGAUUUAUUGGGAAAAUGAUAAAGAACUUACACGAUGCAAAUUUUGUGACCAUGAAAGGUUCAAACGCCUCAAGCACACCGUGGAGAAAGGGAAGAGUCAAAUACCAUACAAAAAGAUGUAUUACUUCCCCAUUACACCACGUAUGUGUAUGAAAGAUGAGUACAUGUUCCUGACAAUUAUCAUACAUGGUCCCAAGAAUCCGAAAGAGAAGAUUGAUGUGUACAUGCAGCCAUUAGUGCAAGAAUUGAAAGAACUUUGGGCAACUGGUGUGAAUACUUACGAUGCUUUCCGGCAGAACAACUUUACUAUGCGUGCUGCUUUAAUUUGGACUAUUAGUGACUUCCCUGCUUAUUCAAUGCUCUCAGGGUGGAGCACAGCAGGAUGCACUGCAUGUCCCUACUGUAUGGAAAACACAGAUGCAUUUACAUUAAAAAGAGGGAGUGUAUCGAAGUCAUCGCCGCCAAUUAGAACUGGAGAAUACUUGCUAAAAGAAAUUGAGCAAAUUGGGUUGAGGCGGAUAAUAGACAUUGACAGUCAUGAAAUAAAUGGUCGGCUUUCAAAGAGAACUGGUUGGCUGAUGAAUGUGACGGGGAAGACAAAAGACAAUAUAAAAUCAAGGAAAGAUUUAAAUGAAAUAUGCAGGAGACCAGAAUUGAAGAAAGAUCCAAUUAGCGAAAAAUAUCCAAAAGCAUGUUAUUGUUUGGACAACCAAUCAAAGAUGAUACUGUGUGAUUGGCUUAAAACACUAAAAUUCCCUGACGGAUAUGUUUCUAAUCUAGGGAGAUGUGUUGAUAGUCGGAAGCUUAGACUUUUUGAGCUUAGCAAUUUCUUUAGAGAACUCACCUCAACUACACUUACUAAUUGGGACAUGCAACGGUUAAAUGAACAAAUUCCUGUGAUCCUUUAUAAGCUUGAACUAGUUUUUCCUCCAAGUCUGUUUGAUUCAAUGGAACAUUUACCAGUAUACAUUGCAUAUGAGGCAUUAAUUGCAGGACCAGUACAAUAUCGGUGGAUGUACCCAUUUGAGAGCAUUUAUGUAGAGGGAGUAAAGUCGGCACAAACAAAUAUCACAGAUGCAGCUGUUGAUGAAAAACUAGAGACAGAGUUUGUCCAAUGGUUUUACAAGUAUGCCCAUGAAUUGCAGAACAAUGUAGAAAAUCAGCUUAUACAAGAUAUGGUAAAGGGACCACUCAGAAGUGUCACCACUUUUAAUGGGUAUUGUGUUAAUGGAUGUAAAUUCAACACAAUCAAUGGAAGUUCAAGUAGUAACUCAAUGAAUUUUGGUGUAUGUAUAAAAGGGAGUAAUUACAGUUCUGAAGAAAGUGACUACCAUGGACAGUUGGUCGAGGUAUUGCGAUUGGAGUAUCCAGGGCUACCAAUUAAGCGGACUGUACUUUUCAAAUGUUACUGGUUUGAUCCAACACCAAAUACGGGCACCAAAGUGCAUAGACAGUAUAGAAUUGUUAAUAUUAACAAUAAGCGUAGAUACACUAAGUACGAGCCAUUUGUAUUGGCCUCUCAGGCAACACAAGUCGUUUAUGCUUCAUACCCGAGUAAGCGUCAUGACAAAAAUGAUUGGUGGGCUGUGAUGAAAGUUAAAGGUAGACCCGUUGUUGAAGUAUCUCAAACAUCUUCAAAGACAUAUGAACCUUUUCAAGAAGAUGACCUAGAUUACGCUGAAGUAAAUAUGGAUGAUAUUAAUCAACAACACUGCCUGAAUGAUCCUAGCGGAGGAAUGACUGAGAUUCAUGAUGACGUUUCGACAGAGAAAGACGAAUUCCUUAGUGACCCUGAUUCCGAUGCAGAUGCAGAUGUUGAUAAUGAGUUCAAUUCAUAUGAAUCAGAAUAA